UGUCAAAAAUUAUUCAUCUAUCUCGUGUUUCCUGGUUAUAUUUGUGUGUAAUGUAAUUACGUUUCAAUUUCAAAACUAGAUUUCCGUGUUAAUGCCUCUAACUAUCGUGAUCUAACUAGAAAAUUAAAGUGGAUCGAUGUAAGGUUAAUAUCACGUAACACUCGUAAGUUUGUUUAAAAUGGAGAAGCCUGACAAGCCAGUGGCUAGCGGGGUGCAGCCGAUCGUGAAGAUCGGGCACUACACCCUAGGCGCCACGCUCGGGGUCGGCACCUUCGGGAAAGUGAAGAUCGGCGAACACCAGCUCACGAAGCAUAAGGUGGCUGUGAAGAUUCUGAACAGACAGAAGAUCAAGUCGCUCGAUGUUGUCGGAAAAAUCCGUCGUGAGAUACAAAAUCUUAAGUUGUUCCGGCAUCCGCAUAUCAUUAAAUUGUAUCAGGUGAUCUCGACUCCAACAGACAUCUUUAUGAUAAUGGAGUAUGUGUCGGGGGGAGAGUUGUUUGACUACAUAGUAAAACGCGGCAAGCUGCAGGAGCAUGAGGCUCGCAGAUUUUUCCAACAAAUAAUCUCCGGUGUGGACUACUGCCACAGACACAUGAUCGUGCACCGUGACCUCAAGCCGGAGAAUCUGCUGCUUGACCACAACAUGCACGUCAAAAUUGCGGACUUCGGUCUGUCUAAUAUGAUGAUGGAUGGAGAGUUUUUGAGGACUUCCUGUGGCUCACCAAACUAUGCUGCUCCUGAGGUGAUAUCUGGCAAACUCUACGCCGGCCCAGAAGUGGACGUGUGGUCCUGCGGCGUCAUCCUCUACGCCCUCCUCUGCGGCACCCUGCCCUUCGACGACGAGCAUGUCCCAACGCUCUUCCGGAAAAUCAAGUCCGGGAUCUUCCCCAUCCCGGAAUACCUGAACAAGAGUGUGGUCAGCCUGCUGUGCACCAUGCUGCAAGUGGACCCUAUGAAGAGGGCCAGCAUCGAGGACGUGAAGAAACACGAGUGGUUCCAGAAGGAUCUGCCGGGGUAUCUCUUCCCAUCGCCUGUUGAACAGGACAGCAGCGUAAUCGACACAGAAGCCAUAAGCGAAGUGUGCGACAAGUUCGGCGUGAAAGAGCACGAAGUCCACAACGCGCUCCUGAGCGGCGACCCACACGACCAGCUCGCCAUCGCCUACCACCUCGUCAUAGACAACAAGAGGAUUGCUGACGAGGCUGCCAAAGCUGAGAUCAAGGACUUCUAUAUCGCCAGCAACUCGCCGCCAGCACCGGUGACAGAGAGCGGGCGGCCGCACCCGGAGAGGAUCGCUCCGCUGCGGGACAAGACCUCGCCGGUGCAGCCGCAGCAGGACAAGGCCCGCGGCACGCCCGUCAAGAGAGCUAAAUGGCACUUGGGCAUCCGUUCUCAGAGCAAGCCCAACGACAUCAUGCUAGAAGUAUUCCGCGCGAUGAAGGCGCUCGACUACGAGUGGAAGGUCAUUAACCCCUACCACGUCAGGGUCCGCACACUAAACAAAAUGACAACCAAACACGUCAAGAUGUCGCUCCAGCUCUACCAAGUGGACUACAAGUCCUACCUCCUCGACUUCAAAUCCCUCUCCGGCGAGAAGGAGGAUUCCGAGGAGGACUUGGCUUCCCCCAUGGCGCCACCUCCGCCGAUGGCGCCGCCUUCUGCGAGCCUGCAGAAUCUGCAGCCUCAGGGACACCACACUAUGGAGUUCUUCGAGAUGUGUGCAGCACUUAUUAUUCAGCUAGCUAGAUAAAGUUUCAGCAAAGAGAAUAGAGUGUAUAGUGACGGGUUGUCAAAGUAAAUUAUGUAGCCACUGUAAAUUUACUGCCAUCAUUCUACAUAAGAUAAAACUGUUAGAACGCCAUUUGACUUUGAUCCUUAUUCUUUCACUGAUAUGUGUUAACUUAUUAAAUAUUAAUAUUAACGACAUCUACUCGACUAUAGGCCAAAGGUAUGGUGCAAUAUUUUCGAGCGAUGUACGGCGCCAUAACCUUCAGCCUACUCAAAUGGCGUUCUAACUGUUUUAAUCGUGUGUCGAAAGAUGGCAGUAAAUGUACUGUAGCUACAUAAUUUACCAUGACAGUAACUCUCAUUUCAAAUUCUCUUUGGUUUCGGUUAUGACCUAUUCUUUGUUGGACACAGUUUUUUCACCUUCAUACACUUCACCUGUCAUACAGCUACAAAUAAUAACUUAGGGUGGUAUUCUACCUGUCCUAUUUCUUUGUCCUUUGUCAGUGCAUCUCACUCUCUCAUUAAAGCAAAAUGUGAGACGCAAUCCACAUUGGACAAAGGAAUUGGAUAGGUGGAAUACCAACCAUAGUAAAGUUGCAGUUAUGCCCAAUGUUCUUAAUAUAGAAUAAAAUAAUUGCUAAAAUAAAUUUUGGAUCAGUGUGGAUUAUCAUAGCUAGCGAGAUAAUAGCCUAGUCUGGACCUAAUGUUCCAAAUUUGGAACAUCUCACGAAAUAAAUUAUGUAUUAUGGCAACAGCAAA